GCGGGCUCGGGAAGCUUUCGGCGUUGCUGAACGCGGCGCCUUUAUUCUCGCGGCGCCGUGCCUCGGCCCUCCCCGCCGCCUCGGGGCCGCUCCAUGGGUUACGUGCGGCACGUCCCACGCGAGCCGUACCGCUCCCCGGGACGGCGGCUCUCGGCAUCCUGCCCCGCUGCUGUGCGCCCGCCGGGGCCCGCAGCCCCGUGUGCCGGCUCUGCUGGCCGCGUUACAGGUGAUGGUGCCCGAGAAGAGGGGCGUCCUUACCUGUACGGCACGCCUGUGUAAGAGCACGCGCACGUAACGCGGUGCGUUUUUCCUCCGUAAGUGCCCUUGCCCUACAGUUUUGAAAUGACGGAGUGCAACAGAACCACGUUGCGGUGGCUUUGCUCUUUGUGUUUCGUGGGCUGGGCCUUAACGCGGUGUUUGUAGGCUGGGAGCUUCCCGUCUGAAUCGCUGUGGAAGAUGGAAGUCGGGGAUGUGCCAUCAAACAGCGUGAGGCUGUGUUGGUACAGAUGGCAGCUUAAUUGGGCCGUGUGGGAUAAGCGUUGAAAUAGUUUUUGAGAAACGUAUUUCAAACUGAUUACAUAAUUCACAUAAACUAUUUUCAUUAUAGUAAUGAAAUAAUGUUUCAUUCCCUGUAUCCUGCUUGCAGAAUUAUUGUUCUGCCUUACACUGUAUGGCUCAAGUAAAGCAAAUGCCCCAGCCUGGCUGAAAGUGUCCUUAGCCAGAAUAUCACUUAGUUCACCCUCUGUCAUCAUGGUAAUGUCUGUGCUUGGGCAUUGUGCUGGGACUCCCUUCUCGCAGAGGAGACGGAUGGAGAUAAUAGCAGUAAAUAUUCCCCAGCAGUGAGUGCCAGAAUUAGCUUUGUAAAUGUGCGUUUAUCUCUGGACCAUCUCAGGUUCAGCAGGUCAGGCUGCCUCUGGCCCACACGCUGCACUGUGCUGCCCAGGGGGUGGAAUUGGCAGCAGCACAGGCAGGGUGCAGAUGGUGCUGCUGUGCUGUCUCCCAGCUGAGCUACAAGGCCAUGAGCUGCCACCAUUGGCUCCGCACCUGCACACACAGCACGGCCAGGCUGAGGGCCUCUGCUAGCUCCUGUAGUGUCAUGGCCUCCUCCUGGGUGCCAUCUGUGCUGAGCUUUCAUUAAAACAUUGUGAAAAUAUAUACUUAUCUAUACUUAUCUGUAUAGAUGCUUGGCCAGAGUGAGUUCAGCAAGUGUCUGAGAAGGAUAUCCAAAAACAGCAAUGAUCCUUCAGACCCUCUGCCUAUUUUAUUUUAUUUUAUUUUUUGCUCCAUUUGUCAGCAAAUACUGAAGGGGGUUGGAAUGUACCUCCAUAAUGCACAUCAGCUGUGUUAGAGGAUUUGGAAUGGCUAAUUACAGGUAUUGCUCAAGCUUAUGUUCUUUCCUGAAAAAGCUCCUUGUCCUGACUCAUCCUAAAGAACUUACUGGUGUGCAAAAGAAUGGGGUGGUGAAUCAGUGACCCCACGUAAUGGGGGCAGUGCAGCACCUGCCUUGAGCUGAUCUCUUGGCCACCCAAACCCACAGAGCUGUGUGGUGUGAGAUCCUCGCUGUGGGGAGCUGAUGGACACUGUUAGAACAGGACUGCUGCUUUGGCUUGGGAGAGUACUUCUCAGAUGAGUAGCUUUCCUGGUGUGCUUUUUACACCUUUGUAAGUAGAUGUUCCUAUUGAAAUGAACAAACAUGUCCAAGUUAAGGUCCACUUUAUCAUAGAACAGCUUAGGUUGCAGGGACCUUAAAGAUCAUCUAGUUUAACCCCCCCACCACGGGUGGGGCUGCCGCCCAUUAGAUCAGACUGCCCAACGCCACAUCCAGCAUGGCCUGGAGCACCUCCUGGGAUGGAGCAUCCUCAGAUUCUCUGGGCAGCUGUGCCAGUGUCUCAUUGCCCUCCUUUCUAAUGUCUAAUUUAAGUCUCCCCUCUUUUAGUUAAUGCUGUUUCCUUUUGUCCUAUCACUACCAGACCGUGUAAAGAGUCACUCCCCCUCCUGCUUGUAAGCUCCCAUCAAGUACUGGAAGGCUGCAGUGUGGUCUCCCUGGAGCCUUCUGCAGGCUGAACAAGCCCAGCUCCCUCAACUUUUUUUCAAGGGAGAGGUGCUCCAGCCCAUUGACCAUCUUUGUGGCCCUCCUCUGAACCCACUCCAGCAGCUUUGCAUCCUGUGCUGGGGGCCCCAGGCUUGGGCACAAUACUCCAGAUAGGGCCUCACAAUCCCUCCUCUUUCCUCUCCCCCCCCCCAAUUGAUGCAGCCCAGUAUGCCAUUAGCCUUCCGUGCUCCAAGAGCACGCAGCUGGAUUAUGUCCAGUUGUUUGUCCUUCCUCUGCAGGGCUGCUCUCAAGGAGUUCUUCUCUCAGUCUGUAAUCAUAUGUAGGAUUGCCUCGACCCAAGUGCGUCACCUUGCACUUGGCCUUCUGAAACCUCACAUUAGGUUCUCACAGGCCUGCUUCUUGAGCCCAUCCAGGUCCUUUUGGACUGCAAAUGUUAGCGUUUACUAACUUUGGAGUGUUGUUACAGACUGAAUGUAACGACCUUUUAAAAUACACGAGCUUUUGUUUUAAAUAAAGCUAAAAAGAAGACAGCUUUGUUUUUUUUUCCCCCUUACAGUGCCAUUGGGCUUCCAUUAGAGUUCAGGAUAUUGAUCAUUCCUUGCUGUCACGUGUAAGCUGUCACCUUAGAGUUUUGGGUUAAAACAUGUUCCACGUGGAUGGAGUCUUUAAGAAACGCUGCCACUGAGUUUCUGAGGAUUCUUCAGUUGGCUCAUGUCAAACUGUUUUCCAAAUGAUAGGGCUCAGCUAAAUGCGGGUGAGUUUUCACACACAUCAAAAGCCACAUUCCUGAUAAUCAGAGAAAUUCUUUAAGUGUCAGGUGUAGUGCACAGACUACAAAUAGUUAAGAGGCAGAACUGGCCUUUAGUGUUCUAGUUUGAUGAUUUUGUUACUCUUUUGCUCUUAACAUUUUGACUCUUGCCCUCUUCCUUGAUCAUCUCCCUGAUUUCUGCUUCCCACACUUGUUUUUAGCUGCUGCCUCUGACACAUGUAUGUGUGUACCGUAGCCAACCUGUGUUUGCCUUUCCUUGCCACUGUUCUUCCUGUAUUGUCAUGUCACUGCAGAGAAGCAGAAGCAUGCUUUCUGCUCUUUCCCCACCAACAGGUGGUCAGUUUUUCUCUUCUGUUCUACAAGGAAACAGGUGAGCCUGAUAGAGAAAUGCGAUGCAGGUAACCUGUCCCUGUGCCACAAGGGCUCCUGAAAGACUGAAGGAAACACCCAGCUCCAUAAAGUGGAUAAUGAUCCCAACAGAUGGAUUUUCUUCUGGAACUGAAAAUUCUGCUCUUUCUGAACUGAAAAUGCAGGCUUUUGUCAACAGAGAUGCUCAUAGGUUUUCUUCUGAGGUUGGAGUGAGGAGUUGGAGGGAGUUCUUGCCAUACAAACAUUGAUGGAAACCACAGCUAAUUUGUCAUCUGCGGUUGUUACUGAUUAACUCGUGUCCACAUAUUUUGUCAAAAUUCCUGAUUUUGCUGGUAGCCUCAGCAGGUUUGGAGGAUUUGAGUGGACGGUGACCAACGAGCUUUCCUCUGACUCCAGGCCUAACUCAGUUUCUAACCAUGCACGUUAUUAUUUGCCCAGUGUGGCGGUGCUGUCAGUGACAUCUAAUUUGCUGCUUUGGUACUGACUCUGGUCUGAAGCAGAGCCUGCAGCCGUGCAGGUCACUGGGGGUUACCCACGGCACAGCUGCCAUGGUGUGCUGCCGCUCCAGGGAGGUGGGAGCAUUGCACUGCUGUCUGCGGGGGAGCUGUUUGUCCCACAGCUGCCACUUGAUGGAAAGACUGACCCCACGCUGCCUAACCGGUCAUUUCUUCUCUAAUACAUUCAGGCAGCAGAGGAAGCAAGCACUUAUAGCUGAGACAGCGCAUGUCUGGAAGAUGGAGAGGGCUGAAGUACUGCAAAAAGAGUAAAGCGGAGCCUUGGAUGGGACUGCGAGCCCCUGCUCAGGGCGACACAUGUCUUUGUGGCUUAGUGGUGCUGCCAUGCUGCGCACAGACGCGGUGCUCAUGCGCUUGGCACUGCUGUCCAGAUUGAUUGGCUUCUUCUCAGCUGGGUGUGCAAUGCUUCCUGCCAUCAAGAAAACACUGCUGUGGUGUGCUAUUAAAUUGUGUGCCUUACACCUCUAUAAUGGCCGGUCUGGCUGAAUCCAGCUGUUAGCAGUGUCUUCUGCAGAGGUUUUGGUCUUUGUUUCUGUCUUGUGUCCAUCCUAUACAGUGAGUGAUUGAUUUAAUGUGGAAAUGGCUGCUUAAUUAUGUCCUGGGUGCCUUUGCGAGAACAGGAAAAAAUACAGGAAGGAAGAUGAUAAAACAAAGCACCGAGAAAGUGGGAAAUGCCUGACAUCGAGGAGCUUCUCUCAUAUGUUAUUAAAAUCCAAUUUUUAUAUAUUUUUUUCCAAUCCACGCUGACCAAUUGUAGUAUGAAAUCAACAUUGUAAUGCAACAAUACAAUGCUGAAAGAGGCAAAGGCUGUUGAAGGAGAAAGAAAUCCAUGUCUUAUCUCUUGAAAUGUUUGAUCAAAGCGUGGACAGGAUCUAGAUGUCAGUAAUGACAGAAGGACUGUCGUUCAGGUACAGCUGGGAACAGAAGGAAGCUUUGAGAGAGCCUUCAUUUUGCCACGUCUGUAUUUCUGACCCUAGCACUGUCUGAUGCCUUCAUGCAACUGCUGAUCUAACCCUCAGUCCCAUAACAAACAAAGUUUCUGGGCAGCUCUGUUUUUCAAUCCAUACCCACCACUUUUUGCCCUGAGACCCGUCAGGCUGCAGUGCUUGGUAAUUAUCAGUUGAAGUGCACUAAACCAGAACGCUAAUCGUAGGUAGUAAUUGUGGUUUUUCAUAAACUGCUUAUUAAUCAAACUGCUUGGGGGAAAUGGUACUGAUACUGACAGUUGUAUCAGUUCUGAAGGGCUCUAAUUGGAUAGUGAUAGGACAAGGGGAAAUGGUUUUAAACUGAGACAAGAGAGAUUUAGGUUAGAUAUGAGGAGGAAGUUUUUCACACAGGGGGUUGUGACACACUGGAACAGGUUGCCCAAGGAGGCUGUGGAUGCUCCAUCCCUGGAGGCAUUCAAGGCCAGCUGGAUGUGGCUCUGGGCAGCCUGGUCUGCUGGUUGGCGACCCUGCACACAGCAGGGGUGUUGAAACCCAAUGAUCAUUGUGGUCCUCUUCAAUCCAGGCCAUUCUAUGAUAUGAUAUACUGCAGCCAGAACUGAACUUGGGAUCCAGUUUUAUCAAUCAGGAGCACAGCUUCCUAAAAUUCCUUAGUGAGAUAUUAACAGGUACAGGGCUGUGUUGUUGGCCACAUCUCUUUUCCAGGUUGGCUAUCGUCUGCUGUUUUUAUAAGCCUUGCAAAAUUACAGUGCUUUUGCACGUCAUUGGAAGUGUAUUAAAAAUAAAAGUGACGUUUAUUUUUAAAUUAAAUAGAUGGAUGCUAUUUCAAACUUCCCAGUGCUGUCUGUGUGGCAAGGGUGAGCAAUUACAGGGUUACCUCAUGUCUGGAACAGCCUUUUUCCUGUCUGUCUUUCACGGUUCUUUCACCUGGCACCGCUCACUCUGUCUUCUCUCUCCUUGCAUUUUGUAACCCUAACUUUUCCUCCUUGGCUUCUGUUAAAAACUUUAUUCCCUUUCAUGCUACUGGUGCCCUAAGUAUCAGUCUUUUUUCUUUUUCUCUCUCAGGAGUUUCUGCUGCUGUCACUGCAGGUUUUUUCUUUAUCCAACAAUACAAUCUUACAACAAUUCUAUCAAUGCCAAAUUCCAGUUUUUGUUUUCCAGCUGUUAUUUGCCACGUUCUCAGCAACGUAGGGUCUCAGUCUCCUUGUGCUGUCUUCGGCUGCCUGACUUCCCACUCCUCCAAACCCAAUUUCUGCCGCAUGGCACCAUGCCCUCUGCCAGUGCCCGCUUUUCUUUCAGUUCCAUCCCACCUGCUGUUUCCUAGUUGUUCCAUUCCUGAUUUUCAGCCCAGACUCCUGUUUUCAGCUGCCAUAUAGAGCUUACAUAAAAACUUCUCUUUCAGCAUGUCAUCUUUUCUGCAAAACAGGUGACAGCACCCAAAAGAAGACAUCUGGUAAUGUGAAUGUUAGUGGGGGAAGGAACACAGUGUUAGUUAUAGGAGCCCUCUAACAUGAGGCCUUCAUGAGGUCUUCAUAAGAAAUCCUCCCCCCUGCUUCCAUGUAUCUGAGUGUUAAGAGCUUAGUGUGUUAGAUCAUAAAUGGUUUUUCCUGUUUGGAGAAUGUUAGAUAUAUAUAAAUAUAUAUAUUUUUUUAAAUUAAUAAAAGUUAUUGUUUGUGUACCCUGGUAGGUGGCAUGUUUCACAUUUCUGGUACAGCUUUCAUCAGCAAUACACUGAACAAGCUGCUUUCCCUCUGUGCCUGACGGUGUGAGACUUGUUUCACUGUCCUCUCUUGUGUGACUGCCUUUUGCUUCCUCCUGUUUUCAUUGCAGGGGGUUCAGGCUUCAGCUGUUUUCUGUCUCAGGCUGAUUUUUCUCUGGGUAGCAUUUCAACCAACUUAGAAAGAUAAGAUCCUCUCUGCAUGAAUGCCAUGGGAGUAUUCUGGUGAUCAGUCAUGUCAGGUACGCAGUGUGUAUCACAGUCCUUUAAAAAAAUCUUCCCAAAUACAUUGAUGUGUGCCUUUCAAAACUACAACUUGCACAUAGUCUGUAAAGAUCUGCAACAGCUCACAGAAUCAAGCCCUAUGUUUUCAGUUCAGUGAGCACCUUGUGACUGCAUGCCUGUCUUCCUGUAGGACAGCUUUUGAGAUGAACUGGGAAACGUGGAUCUUGUUUAGUGACUGCAGAGGUUUCAGGCCAGGGCUGGUGUGUUUUCCUAAAAAUGGACACUUUCAACUGCUUUUUAACUAGAGGUGUGGGAUUUGAAGUUGAUGAAGGAAGUCUUUCUCUCCCAGGUUCUUGCAGACAAGUUCCUGGCAGACAGAAGUUUGAGGUAGUUUAGGGGGAGAAGCUGGUGUGAAUUGGAGUGAAAGAAGGGUAAAGACAUUUGCUGGAAGCUGGGAAGAGACCAUCAUAUAAGCCAGUUAGCAGAAAGGAGAGGGAACAGAGUGAAUAAAGGAGCUGAAAUAAGGGAAGAGACUUCAGUUUGAUGAAAGCACACUGGCUUCCAAAGAAACAAAAAAGCCAUGAAUGGAUAAAAACAUGAUAGGAAGUGAGAUUUCCAUGGUGAGUGAUGUACCAACAGCAUGCUGAUGUUGUUCUAGAAGUAUGCAGUACCAAAAUGAUUGGAUAACCAGAGACUCAGAGCAGUGUCUCUUGGAAGUGCUCUAGAUGCAGAAGUUACCUGCUCCAGCCCCUGCUCCAGGUGGGUCUGUUGAAGCAGGUUGCCCAGGGCUGUCGCAUCAUCUUCAGCACCUGCAUGGAUGGAGCAGUCCAUAACCUUUCUUGUCAAUCUGCCCCAGUGGUUGGCUAUUCUAGUUGAGCAGAGAAACUGAAAGUAGUGAUGUUGUGUCAGCAGUACAACAGAUUCUCUGAGGUAUCCCAAUCAAUUUCUCUACAGUGCUACCCAGCUUUUCAUUUCCCUUUAUUCCCUCCCCAUGCUCUUCCUUAGGCCUCUUAGUGCUGUCCGCUUAGCUUGUCUUCCCUGCUAGGGAGUGAGAAGGGACCUUUAGAGAGAGCAGUGUAUUCCUCCCUGCACAGAUUUUGGGUUAUUUUGGUGACAAGGGUGGGAUGAAGAAAAGUGUGCUGGAAAUUUGGCACUGUGACAGGGCCACCUGAAGAAGAAAACUGGUACUUUGAGGAGAAGGGGUGGAGUUGAGGUAAGUUAGUGGGAGAGCAGAGGGUUGGGAGGAGGAUCGAUUGCAAGGGGCAUUUUGAAAGGGGUCAGAAUUGAGGAAAAGCAGCAACAUGGUUAUCUGCAUUAAAUCUAUUUUUUUUUCUUACCAAAUAGCCAUUGAGCUUUCAAGCAAUGUGUUCUGCUAAGGCUCUUGCUUGGCUUUGCUUCCUCUGUGCUUCCCAAGAUUUAAGAGAGCAGCAUGAAUUCUGGAGAGAGAUCCUGUUUCUAUUUUGAAGGCAGAUUGUAUGCUAAGGAAAAGAUGCUAUGCUAGGAGGGGGAAUUCUCAAUAGAAAAACCCAAAUGAGAGGCCUUCAAAGUCCAGUCCCUGCUAGAAUGAUUUCAGAACACCAUCACAAAGAGGCUCUGUAGCCUUUCUUCUCUGUUGUAUGAAACAAUCCGGAUGAUUUGCAGCCUACUUCCACAAGGUGUCCUGAGAAUUGAGUGAACGGGAAGCGCUGUCAAUACAGAACACUGUUAGCAGUUAAGAGGGGUCCUUGAACACUGAAGAAAGGGCUGCUUCUGUGCUUGCUAAACCUUGUCCUGUAGCUCUUGCAUGGUCUCCCAUUUGUGGUUUAUGAGCCAAGUGCUUUCUAGGCAGACAAUGUUACUAGCUCAGAUAAACCGAGACUCUCAGGGAAUGACUGAAUUUUCUGGAGGAGGAAUGGAGGCCCAGCAUGUGACUCUGUGUCUGACAGAAGCUGUAGCCGUGCAAGAUGGUGACAACUUAGAAAACAUGGAAGGUGUAAGUUUGCAAGCAGUUACGCUGGCUGAUGGCUCCACUGCAUACAUACAGCACAAUUCUAAAGAUGGUAAAUUAAUGGAUGGCCAAGUGAUUCAACUAGAAGAUGGUUCUGCAGCCUAUGUUCAACAUGUACCCAUGACUAAAAGUAGGGACAGCUUGCGUUUGGAAGAUGGACAAGCAGUUCAGCUGGAGGAUGGAACUACAGCAUUCAUUCAUCACACCUCCAAAGACAGUUAUGAUCAGAGUGCGUUACAAGCAGUGCAGCUGGAGGAUGGCACUACUGCCUACAUUCACCACGCAGUGCAGAUGCCACAGUCAGAUACCAUUUUAGCCAUUCAAGCUGAUGGCACAGUGGCUGGUCUUCACACGGGAGAUGCUGCCAUUGACCCAGAUACCAUCACUGCUUUGGAGCAAUAUGCAGCUAAGGUGUCUAUUGAUGGAAAUGACAGUGUCAGUAGCACGGGAAUGAUAGGCGAAAAUGAACAAGAAAAAAAAAUGCAGAUUGUCUUGCAGGGACAUGGAACAAGAGUGGCUGCAAAGUCUCAGCAGAGUGGAGAGAAAGCAUUUCGCUGUGAUUAUGAUGGCUGUGGAAAGCUGUACACAACAGCUCACCAUCUUAAGGUACACGAAAGGUCACACACAGGAGACAGACCAUAUCAGUGUGAACAUCCUGGAUGUGGUAAAGCUUUUGCAACAGGGUAUGGAUUAAAAAGUCAUAUCCGAACACACACUGGUGAAAAGCCGUAUCGGUGCACAGAAGAAAACUGCACCAAGUCAUUCAAGACUUCAGGAGACCUACAGAAACACAUCCGAACCCACACAGGCGAAAGGCCCUUUAAGUGUCCUUUUGAAGGCUGUGGCAGGUCAUUCACAACAUCUAAUAUUAGAAAGGUUCACAUCAGGACACAUACAGGUGAAAGACCUUAUUACUGCACAGAGCCAGGAUGUGGGAGAGCUUUUGCCAGUGCAACUAAUUAUAAGAAUCAUGUGAGAAUACACACAGGGGAGAAGCCCUAUGUCUGUACAGUUCCUGGUUGUGAUAAACGUUUUACAGAGUAUUCCAGUUUAUACAAACAUCAUGUUGUACAUACUCAUUCCAAACCAUACAAUUGUAAUCACUGUGGAAAGACAUACAAGCAGAUUUCUACACUUGCUAUGCACAAGCGGACAGCACAUAAUGACACAGAGCCCAUUGAAGAGGAACAAGAGGCUUUUUUUGAGCCACCUCCAGGUCAAGGGGAAGAUGUCCUGAAAGGCUCGCAAAUAGCCUAUGUGACAGGUGUAGAGGGAGAGGACGUCAUUUCUGCACAAGUUGCUACAGUUACUCAGUCAGGGUUAGGUCAACAAGUAGCGCUAAUUUCCCAGGAUGGAACCCAACACGUCAACAUAUCUCAGGCAGAUAUGCAGGCCAUUGGAAAUACAAUCACUAUGGUAACACAAGAUGGCACCACUAUCACAGUCCCUGCCCACGACGCCGUCAUCUCUUCUGCAGGAACACAUUCUGUAGCAAUGGUUACUGCAGAAGGCACCGAAGGACAGCAGGUUGCCAUCGUGGCUCAAGACUUAGCAGCGUUUCAUAGCACCUCAUCAGAAAUUGGACAUCAACAACACGGGCACCAUUUAGUGACCACAGAAGCUCGGCCCGUUACAUUGUUGGCUACAUCCAACGGAACACAAAUUGCAGUACAGCUUGGAGAACAACAGUCUCUGGAAGAAGCCAUUAGAAUAGCCUCCAGAAUACAACAGGGUGAAACACCAGGAAUUGAUGAUUAACUUCUAAAACUGCUACCAGAACAAUAGAGUGAAAGGUAUUUUAUUUUCAAACAACAGAAGUCCAUGCCAGCAGCAAUCCACAAAAACUUUGAAGUUCCCCUCUCAUCGAUACUGUGUACACAUUUUAUGCAAGAGCAAAGAACGUUUUCUAAGCGUUGUGUACAUAACCCUGGGAAUGGACUGACAUCAUCUACUUCCAACUGUUGUAUAUUCAGGAAUAUGGAAUUAGGAUUAUCUAGUAAAUUUCCUUGUUAUCCUUUCAUCAGAUUUCAGACUGGUCUACAAGCAAGUUAAAAACAAAACAGAAGUAUUGGAGUUAAUUUUUAGUGUCAUGUACAAUAACAAAGGCAUUACUGAAUAUUUGAAGUGUUGUAAAGACUAUAACAAAAUCACAAUUUCAAGAGCCCUUACAAGUUGUAAAGAAGACAGAGCCUGUUCAGUUGUUUUCCAUAAAUGGAAAAGACGUGGAUUUUGAGCCUCCUGUAAACCUUCAUACUUUGAUUCGUUUCAUACAGAUUUGAAUACUCUUUAGAUUACCCACCCCAUCUCAUUCAUUGUAAAUACAGAUUGUUAAUGCUGGAAGUGCUAAUUGUAUUAUCUUUAAAUUGGAUUGUGUACAAAGGAGAAACUUUGGUUGUUCAAUAUUAAAAGAAGUAAAUCUAAUGAUUUCGUUUCUUUACAUAUUUUACUUAAGAUGUUACUCUGGAAUUAUUAUGCAAUAAAAGAUAACAAGAUUGUAUUAUCUAGAUAGGAUGAUAUUGUUCUGUGACAUACUGUUUUACUUUUGGUGGGACAAGUGAAAUUAUUUAUUUAUGGCCUUGUAUAAUUUUUUUUCCAAAGUUUAUUUAUCAUAAAUCUCAAUUUUUAACUUACUCAUUUUGACCGCGGUCCACUGAAGUAUAAGAAGUAAUCAGUGCUAAGAGUUAUUUUCAGCAUGCUGAAGCACUACAGAAAUAGUUUAAAAGCAUAAUCAGUCAACUGAUUUUGAUUAAAAGUAAACUAGGAGUUUUCAAGAGGAAUGUGUUCAAACGGUGCAUUUGGGGCAUAAACACGUGUAUUAACCGUCUGUUUUCAGCAGUUCUGAGUGCCUGCACUACUGUUUGUUACCUACGAUGUGCUGAUAAGCAGUGAUUUUGAAAAUCAGGACACAAGUUACUAGGAAAAAAAAGGAUUAAUUAAAGAUUCUGUAAGUACAGUGCUCCUCUCCACCUACCAUUCUAUAAAGGAAAAAAAUUCAUUGUAGAUAAAUCUAACACGGACUGUAAGAUGUAACUUACAACUUUUUAUACAGAAAAAUGCCUUUAAUGGUCUUGUUAGUAAGCUUGUUGAGCAAGUUAAACUUCCUUGGCUUCCUGUAAGAUUCAGUGCUUGCUUUAGAUGAAUGUCGAGAACACUUCUGAAACUGAAGCCCCACCUUUAUCCUUCUCAAGGAAAAGAUUAAACAUCUUGGGGGUAAAAAGUCAAUCUAGUAAUCAUUUUGUAUGUCUUGUGAGG